AUGGAGCUGGGAGGCGGCGGGCCCGCGCCGGGCCCCGGCCAGGCGUCGCUGGGGCGGGGGGGCCUCGAGUUCCUGCAGCACACGGUGGGCUCCCUGCUGUCCAGCUAUGGCUGGUACAUCCUCUUGGCCGCUGUCGUCGUCUAUCUCCUCAUCCAGAAGAUAUCCCAGAGCCUGGCGGCCGGGCCGGGCAGCCGCCCGGGAGCAGCUGACGCAGCUGUGGAACCUGAUGCGGUGGUAAGAAGGCAGGAAGCGUUGGCAGCAGCUCGCCUCAGGAUGCAAGAGGAGUUGAAUGCACAAGCAGAAAGAUACAAAGAAAAACAAAGACAGCUUGAAGAAGAGAAGCGAAGGCAGAAGAUAGCGAUGUGGGAAAGCAUGCAAGAAGGAAAAAGCUAUAAAGGAAACCUGAAACUGAAUCAGCAAGAAGUAGAAUCUGGUGCCUCCACCUCAUCAGCAGUCCCGAAAUCUAAACCAAACAAAAAGCCCUUGCGAGGAGGUGGCUAUAACCCCCUGUCUGGAGAAGGAGGAGGAACUUGUUCCUGGAGACCAGGCCGGAGAGGCCCGUCAGCAGGUGGAUGAGGCUAACCUCCCUAGUGUCUCACGUCACUAGCAGGCUUGAUCUUACCCACUGUCUAACUGCCUACAGUUUGCAUGUCACAGUGACUCCUUUGGGAUUGGGUUUAGUGCAGGUGGUAACUUGAAAACAGAUUUACACCAUUUCCAAAUAGUAAUGGGGAAGCUGAUACUACACAAGAAAAAGACGUGAUCCUCUUAGAGAGGAUGAAGAAAGAAACAAUUUCAACGUAAUCGGUUAAUUUUCACUCUUCUGUAGAGAGGAAGCGUAGUCUCCAGCCAAGGUGAAUCACCUGGGAAUGUGAGAUCUGCGUUCUGUGGCUGGCUACUCAAAAGACUGGCCUCAGGCAAAUUUAAUUAUCUAUGCUCGGUUUACCACUGUAAAAUGAGGAUAUUUACUAUCCUCAGAAAUGUGUUACCAGAUUUACUGUGUUUGGCUGGAAGGUACUUUAGAGGCGGAGAAUAUUAUCAUCAUCAGAUGCCUCGAAUUUUAGGCGGAGGGACUUUCAGAAGAAACAGAUAAGCUGACAAAUGCCACGGGUUUGUACCGCAGGCCAGUUAUUGCAGAAGAGUCUCUGUGACAAGCUGCCUUGAAUGAUGUUUUCCUUAUAAAUGGUAAACAAACCAGUGAGGAUUACUGAUGCUAGACAGCAGAUGUGGGGGGGUUCUUGCUAUUCCUUUUUUUUUUUAUUUCAACUGCUUUGUAAAAACAAAAUACUAUUAAUAUUAAAUAUAAUUGCAAAGAAAUCAUAAAUCUAGUAUUUACAAUCUUGUGGGUUUCUGCAGCAUCUUUUUAUAUAUAGGAGGCAUAUGUUCUUGUGCAAUAAAUGUGUAUUAAGCAAGAUGAGAGAUCAAAUGAAAUUAUUUUCAUUUGACUACCUCCAUAAACAAAAGGGGUUUUUAAGUUGUUCUUUUUGGCUUUUAACAGUUUUGUUUCAUUUGGGUGUUCUGUGUUCCAAAUCACGGCUUUAGAAGAAUCACCUUCAGGUUAAGACCAAACCAAGUUUUCCCAAAUUUAAAAAAUGAAACUCCCCCUCCUCUUCCCCACCCCCUGUAAGUGAUUCUGAAAUUGGAUAGACUGCAUUACUGGUUGUUAAGCACUCCAGCUGCAUUUGAAUCUAAAUCAAGAAAACACGUAACAAAGGUCUUUGCUCUAAUAGAGCGGAGAGGGUUUGUUUCCAAAUUACUGGACAAACACAGUUUGAGGAGGAGGGGAUACACAGGCAUGGUCAGCUCCAACACUGCAAGAUACUCAAAGGGAAAAGAGAAGCUGCAAACUGUGCUGAGAUCUGUGUGUUGGGGGCAGCAGGACUGUGUAUAGCUUUAGCAGUGCAGCAUCAGAGUUACACCUUGGGGACGUUAAGA